AUGGCACCACCUGCUGCGUACAUUAUCUCCCGAGGGGCAGACCCAGUCUUUGCCCUCUUCAUUGGACUCGGAGCUGCUGCUACUAGAAUCAACCGCGAGGAGAAGGAGAAGGGCAGGACUACACAGCAAACCAUUGAGGCUGCAAAGAGACGUGUUGGGCUCUUGAGCAAGGCAUCAUAG